AUGGCGCUUUCUGCCAAUGCAGAAGAUGCUCUUAAUCUGGAUCCGAGCAGCAAGAAUGCCUCUGCCAAAAGCAUCCCCGGGCGUAACACAAGCAAGCAACAAGUAAGACAUCGUGCAUCUGUUGCCUGUGCGUCAUGUCGCGAUAGGAGAAUACGAUGCGUGGUUCCCAAGAAUCAGACCGAAUGCACCGCUUGCGCAAAGUCAGGCUCAGAGUGCAUCAUUAAAAAUGACGAUGAGCGUAGACGUCCUAUAUCUAAAGCAUACAUGUCCUCUUUAUCAGACAGAAUCUCAAUGCUUGAAGGCUUACUUUUGGAAAAGGGUGUGGUACCCCCUCCGGCGACUCAUCCUCCCAAAACAAGGCACGAUCAAGACGCCGUAGCCACUACGGCGGGCAAUACUGACCCAUCUCCACAAUCUGACUCAAAGUCCCCAGGUAGUGAGGACCACUCUCCACCGGACUAUCAGAACGACGAUUUCACAACACGUGAGAGUGAACUUGCGACAACAAAUUCUCGUAAUAACCAGCAAGCGUACUCUCGUUCGAAUGAAGAUUCGCCAUUUCGGAUUCUGGAUCCCAAGCAAGAGGAUAUAAUCCAUCGACUUUUAUCGACCAAGGGCAACCUCUCAUUCGACCAAAUCUCUGGAAGGCUGCGAUUCUUUGGUCCCACAGCCAACAGCCAUGUUUAUGCUGAAUCAACAAGUCUAUCAUAUGCCCAUGAACCGCCGGAACAAAUCCGAAGAGCAGAGAGGAUGAUUCAAUCUCUGGGCUCGGAGACACAUGACUAUCUUGUGGAUGGUUUCUUUCACUACUAUAAUUCUGUCAUUCAAGUCAUUGAUCGAGAUGCUUUCGAAGCUGACCGAAUCUCGAAGUCGUCAAAGUUUUACUCUCAUUUUCUUCACAUCACAGUAUUGGCCAUGGGGUAUCGUGUGGCCGAUAUGGACCGAGAUGAUAUGCGCAGGAUUACACUGAGCCCAAGAGAAAGCUCUCUUCAUAGAGAAGCCAAACACAUGCUUGACAUCGAGCUCGAGCGUCCUGGUGGUAUCCCUAGUGUUCAAGCGUUAUUGUUGCUUGGAGAUCUUGAAUGUGGUGUCGGUAGAGAUAAUACCGGCUGGAUGUACUCUGGAAUGGCAAAUCGCCUUGCUUUUGAUAUUGGCCUCCACUUAGAUUGCACCAGCAGCAUGUCCGAACAAGACACAAAAAUUCGAAAUAUGGUCAUGCAGGCAUGUGUGAUCUAUGACAGAUAUUGGGGGUUGUUUCUGGCUUGCUUCUUUCGGGCUCGAUGCUCCAAAAUGGAUUUGACAACAGAAAUUUACGAGCAGCUCAUUGAGUUGAUGGAACUGGCCGGACGAAUCGUUGAAAUACGUGAUCUGAGCAACUCCAGUAAAGUGACGGAGACAUUUGCGACUAAUGAAGCCGAGGAAAAUAGAUAUCUACAGGUCAUUAACCUCGACAGGCAACUUCAAAAUUGGUAUAGGCGAUUGCCUGACCGCAUGGCAUGGAAGCCGAGCAAUGUCAAGACAGCUCCUUACAGUUUUUUCCUCUUACAUCAGCAAUAUCAUGUCACUAUGAUUUUACUGCAUCGACCAUGGGCCAAAUAUGGCUCAAUUUCUGGCGACAGUUCGAGCACGGGAUCGCAUCCAAGUCCUGAAAGCGACAGAAAGGCAAAUUCAGAAAGCCCCGGGCACCACUUUACUGCUGAGGGUUCGUCCAUGUCUACCGAUGACCGUCAACGUGUGGUCCACGGGAGCCGCACAUCGCUGGCCCGCAGUAUAUGUACUCAGCAGGCGAUUCGUGUAGCACGAAUAUUCUGGCAGCAUCGUCAAAGAUUCGACGGACGAAAGAUUUUCAUUACGGGAAUGCAGCAUGCUGGUACUGCAUCGAUAGCAUUGAUUGCUGCACUUGCCUACCAGCGCAACGAGCCAAAUCGCCAGACAUAUAUCGGCUAUCUUGAAAUUCUAUCUGAUGCUGUUGGCGACAUGAGCGCUACAUACCAUCCAGCCAGCAGGAUGGAUGACUUGCUCAAGGCUGUACUUGAGCAGAUUCGUAGCAGCAUGACUGACGUUUCACGGUCGCGCAGCGGCAGCGCAGGGCAGCAGGUCGUUAGUAUUGGUGCCAGUAGUGCGAGGAGCGGCGUCUCUUAUGAUGGCAAUACAUCCGUUCCUGUUGUUCCUGUCAGGCGAGAAGCCGAUACUGACUUCAAUCAACCCCUCAAGAAAAGACGUCCUUCUGUUCACCGACAAACGUCUGACUAUGCCUCAUCGAAACCGUCUUAUAUCGGUAUAACAUCACAACCGGGACCACCUCUGUCUCUGGCGCAUGGCCAACAAAGCCAAUCACCCCUUGAUCCCAACUUUCUUCCCAUAAGUUUGCACAGCCAGCCGGAGCAACUUGGCCUGACGAUGGUGGGGGCUAACGCGGUCAGUAUGCAACCUGAACUUGCUACAGGCCACAUGGUCGGCACACUCAAUGCUGCGAACCUCGGUAACCCAUUACAUGACAAUUGGGGCCUGCCUAACAUGCAGCCCUCUUUUCCGCAAGGUCAAUUUCAUGGUGCCAUAGACUGGUCUGCCGGAACUGCUGGUCUCAGUGCCAGUUCGGUACUGAAUCAGAGUGCCGCCAUGUCGACUGGAAUCAUGUCAGGAGUGGCUGCUUUCAGCUCAGCGAAGGAGCCCCCGAAAUUCGGAGGUGGUGAGGGUGGUAUGCAUGAGUCUUCAUCCAGUAAGCUCCCUCAUAUCGGUACCAACUGGACAAAUACCAACGUCGGGCCUGUAGGUUCAGGCAGGAUGCAGGAAUAUGGUCCAAAUCUGGGCAAGGCAACACGUCUGAAUGACGGGAAUAACGAUGAGCAAAGAAACUACUCUCUUGACUUUUUUAAUUUUGGUUAG